CCCACUCACUCUCUCUCUCCGCAUUUGGUAAAGUGAGAGAAACAACUCUCUUCUCUCUCGCUCUCUCUGCAUACUUUCUUGGUAAACAAUUUUCUCUAAUUUUAUCAACGUGAUUUCCUUCUAUUCCCUUGUUUUCCUGAAGACAUUAAGUCCUCUCUUUCACUUUCCCCUGCGGGUUUCCCCCUUCCUCGAUAAAGCGAAGGUAAAACUGGGAAAGAAAACAGUGUUGGGUGUUUCCUUUGACUUAAAACCUUGUUUUUCGAUCAUGGUUUAGUUUUCCACUACCUCGAUAAAGCAAAGGGAUGCCCAGUUGCAUCAUUGGGUGAACCUUUUGGGGUGACGAGGGAAACCCGCAGCCACUAGUUGAGGGUGUGCCCGGGUAAACCCCACCUUGUGACCCUAGCCGGCAAAGGGACACAAAGAGGUAAACCAGCCUAGGUUGCCCAUAGCUGACUGGCUCAAACAAGAAGGCUGGGAUUCGAACUCGUGACUUUGUGGUUACAAGUUUGUAUCCUUAGCCAGCUUGGCUUGGGUUACCCCCAUCAUUGGGUGAACCUUGAUUCUAAGAUCUGAUGCUCUGUUACUUGUAUAUUCCAUGUGAAAAAAAGAUUUAAGUGAAUCCAUUUCAUAACUUCAUUCUUGGAGAUGGAGUGGAAUUCAAAGUGGGGAUGGGAAAAGCUGGCUAUGCUUGGAUCAAAAGCCUGUGAAAGUCCCAAAAAGCUGCAAUUAACAGACUGGGGAUUUGUGGAAGAGGCUGAACUUGAUACUGGAUCCUUGGAUUUGUCGGGAGGAGGUAGAGGUGGAAGUGGUGGAUAUGGAUCUUCAGCUAAAAGCUCGGUAUCAGCUUCUACCGACUCAUCAACGAAGGAUGGGACAAAAUCAUCAAAUUUCACUUUUGAAGGCUUUCCUGGAGAUUUGGAUAAGAAAAUGGAGCAGCCCGGAGCUGAAGUAUCUGGAAACUCGCCACCACUGGAUACCUCAAUUGGUUCUGUAGAGCCAUUUAUUGGUCUGAAGCUUGGUAAGCGGACUUAUUUUGAAAGCAACUCUGGUGGAAACAGUGUCAAGAGUCCUACGAUGGCCACAAUCCCUAUUUCAUCAGCCACUUCAGUUAAGAAAACAAAACCAUCUAGUCAGUGUACACCUACUCCGUACUGUCAAGUUGAAGGCUGUAACAUUGAUCUUUCCUCUGCCAAAGAUUAUCACCGGAAGCAUAGAGUUUGCGAUAGUCAUUCCAAAUGCCCAAAGGUCAUUGUAGGAGGUAUAGAACGUCGGUUUUGCCAACAAUGUAGCCGGUUCCAUAGCUUGUCGGAAUUUGAUGAAAAUAAACGUAGCUGUCGGCGUAGACUUUCUGAUCACAAUGCAAGGCGCCGCAAGCCACCGGAGGAUCCAACCCAGUUUGAUUCAACAAAUAUGUUAUCACCCUUUCCUGAUGGUAGGCAACAAAUGAAUUUCGUGGUGAACCAUUGCCCCAUUUUUCCCUCUAGAACUGCUGCAGAUUCAACCUGGGAUAGCAAUUGCACCUCCAAGUUCACCAUUACAAGAGGAUUUACUUCAAAGCCUGAAAAGGCUAGAACCAUAAGUAAACUGCCAAACCUGGCAGGGAUCCAGUUACCAAAUGCAUCAUCCAAGGGCACAACACCUGAGGUCUUCAACCAAGGUGCCAAACAAUACUUGGUCCCAUCAAAUACAAGCACGACACCGGAGGUUCCUCGUGCUCUCUCUCUUCUGUCAACUACUUCCUGGGGUUCAUAUCAACCAGAAUCAAUUUCGCUUGAUAACCCUUUGCCCGCUAAUCAGCCCAGCUCGCUCGAUCCAUUUAUGCAUGAUAUCCCUCCGGGCCUCCUCAUACCCUCUUCAGACUACUUGCAGGCCGAACAACAACACUCCACUGAUUUCAGUGGACACACGCUGGCAGUGAAUUCUACCAGCGCCAUUCACCUUUCGCAAGUUCAGCUGUUUAAACUUCCUCAUGAUACCGACUUUUAUUUCAACAUUUGAAAUAUUUUCCCUUCCCCAUUUUCCACCUUUAAAAUGGACUGUGAAGCUACUGAGUGAGACACUUUGAGCUGUUCCCAAACUGGGAUUUAAAAAGAAAAACAAAAUAGGGCAUGAAUUGAACAGAGUUAGUUACUCUUGGCAGUCUGCCAUUGUCACUGGUAUAUAUUGCAGAAUGCCAGCUAGUCUAGUUUGUCCAUCAUAUGAAACUAUACAUUCUCCCCUAGUGCACUGCACUCCUUUUUUAAAAUUAAAUGCUCAAGAUGCUUUCUUUUA